AAUUUUACUUCUUGGUCGGUGUGACCCGGGUGAGCCCCGAUUUUAAUGAACUUCCGGGUUGUGAGUUCACUACCGGCAUAUAGUGUCUGUUUAAUCAUUUGACAGGUGGAAAUCAUUUCAAGAAGACCUUUGUCAAGGAUAGAAAACAAGAAUGCUGCAGCAAAUACUGAGGGAUAUGUACAUCGAGCCAGAGCUGCUGGCUGAACUCUCUGAAGACCAGAAACAAUAUCUGUUUGUCAAGAUGCGGGAGGAACAAGUACGAAGAUGGAAAGAAAAAGUAAAAGAGUUUGAGGAAAGAGAAAACAAUCAGCCUACAAAGCCAUCAAAGCCAGGUAGAAAAAAGGUGGAGUUUUUGCAGGGUCAAGAUGGACAAGAAUGGGUAUGGGUAAUGGGAGAUCAUGCAAAUGAUAAACCUAUACAGCAAUUACUGGAUGAAGAAGCUCAAGUCAAGGCUUUACAACAGGCUGAGAAGGAGGCACAGGAAAUGAGAAAGAAAGAAGAAGAGAACUGGAAGAGGCAGCUUGAAGAUGAAAAGAAGAAGUUGGAGAAACAGAAAGAAGAAACAGAGUUACUGAUACGACGCAAACAACAAGAAGCAGAACUAUAUCAAAGUUUAAAAGAAUCACAACAACUGGCCCAGAAACUACAAGAUGAGAAGAAGUUGCAAGAGAUAAAAAAGUUGGAAGAAUUAAAGGCUGUGACUGAACGAGAGAGGCGAAAGUCUGUAGAGAAAUAUGACAAUAUGCGUCACAGACGAAGCAGUGAGAUCUAUAUUCGAUGGAAGGAGAUGAGGAAUGCGCUGGAGAGAACAGCCGAAGAAAGCAGUCAGGAGGUGGAGGCCAGUUGGCAGAAACAAGAAAAAAAAUCAAAAGAGGCUGAACAAAAGAUGCGUGAAUUAGCCCGCAAGGCUCGUGAAGAAUAUAAAGAAUCAAUGAAGAGGACAAAUCAACUCAUACAGGCAGCAAGAGCAUUUUCUGAUAGAGGCAAAGCAGGCAGUCACACUGAAAGACCACCUGUGCCUCCAAAAAAGCACCUAACAAACAGGUCGUCUAUAAAGAGGUGGACAAACCGACCGUCUCGGCCACCUGGUCGUGCAGCAGUCGUUGCCUGGUUCCAGCUGGAGGAGAGGCCUCGCGGUGCAGGUCUUGACAGAGACAACAAGAUAGCAACAUGGUUCCAUGGGAUAAUAACAAGGUUAGACUGUGAGAGGCAGCUGAGGGACAGGCCUAUAGGCAGCUUCCUUGUGCGUGUUAGUGAGCGGGUUUGGGGUUACACCAUUUCCUAUCGAGGUGAAGACCGUGUGAAACACUUCCUGGUGGACACCACCGAUGGAGGCUACCAGUUCUUGGGGGCAAGCCAGAUCCAACAUUCAUCACUUGCAGAUCUCAUAGGUUUCCACAGGGACAAUGCAAUAACAAUAUCAGGUGGGGAGAAGUUGCUGUACGAGUGUGGCCAGACAGUGGAACCUCCAGACUACAGUGAGCUGCUUCUACUUUCCGAGUCCACGUCAUUAUGAGACUGACUGCUUCUGUCAACACACCACUGGUUAGCAGCUGUCUUGCUGCAUUUGUUCAUCUCAGCAUUCUACCUGCAAUAUUCCACAAGAUAUUUGUAAGAUAUCAGCCAUAUGUUAAGUGAGCAGCUUGAUCUCUAUAUUGUAUAUGGACAGGUCCAACUAUAGACAUUGCUGUAUUGUGUAUCUAAUCAAGACUGUAACUUGAUUACAUGGAAAAACCCGGCCUUCUGUGUUUCUUUCACAAGCAUGUUACCUUGGCUUGGUGCUACACUGCAAAGUUCCAGCAGGACUCAAGGACGUUCAUGUGAGACAAAAUAGGAACACUGGGCAUCAUGUGAGACAAAUGGGAUCACUUAUGACAAGUUAUGAGAGACAAAGAUGUGAGCACUAACCAUCAUGUGAGACAUAUAUGUGAAAAUUGAUCAUCAUGUAAGACAAAUGUGAGCACUCUUAUGUGAUACAUAAAUAGAGGUCAUUUCACGUGUUGAAUGAAAUAGCAAGUGACGGGAAAGGAGAUAUUUCAUGAGUUGCAUAGCCACGAGUGAAAAUAUCCCCUUUCCCCCCUGUCACGAGAUGAGAGAAACAUGCUAUUUCACGAGACACAAGGAAUAUUCUAUUUAUUAUAUACUUUUUGUGUAGUUGUCUACAGGAAAAUUAAAUUAUUUAAUUUCAUAUGUAAAACCUUGAAACAUAAAUUCUCCGUACCUAACACAGAGACAUUUCACCACCCCUUGUAUUUGCUACUUAAGAGGGAGUUCCAUGUUUGCAAAAUCUUUAAAAAUAUAAACAAAAGUAACAAAAAGUAUUUAGGGUCACAAAAAUUCUUUGUCAUACAUUUAGAUAUGAUUAUAUACAAAAUCAACUUCAACAAUAAAUAAUCUUGAAAUCUAAGAGACCACUGUUGGAAGCAAAAGAAUACAAGCUGGUCAAGCUUAAAAAGGGCACUUUGCGAAAUAAACGGUCAACUUCAGAAAACCCAAUCUUUCACACUGAAGUAUAUAAUAAAUGUUUACACUGAGUAUCAUGUGAGACAUAAAUGUUUGCACAGUGUCUUAUGUGAGACAUCAAAGUGAACACUGAGCAGUAUGUGUGACAUAAACAUGAGCACACAUGCAUUUUUCGUGUUUAUGUAUUUUUAGUUCACCUGACUGGAAGUCAAGUGACUUUAUGUUGUGGCACGUAGUCCACCAUCCCUGGUCCAUCCAUCUAGUUGUCUGUAAGUAAUGAACUUUUACAUUUUCAAUUACAACUAAAACUACAAGGCGUAUAUAGGUGUAAGUUUGUAUAAUUGAUAGCUGGGAUCAUUCAUGCAAAGUUAUAGCUUCAUAAGCUUCAUCGUUGUAAUUGUGACCCACCUGUAGAAAAGGCACCUUAUGGGUGUUUGGAUACAAUUGUAUCUUGACGUCAACUCACUUCAGUGAAGAUCGCCAUGUGUGAUGUCAUGUAUCUCUGCAAUAAAUAUGAAUUGAAGCUUGUGAAUUGUAUUUUUGUGUUCCGAAGAUGCUGUAGUUUUAAAAUAUAAUGAAAAGUUAAAAUGUGAUUUUUCACCGAUAGGGUCCCUUAUCUUUUGGUUGAUCACAAUUGUUCUGGAAAGUGUACUGGUUAAUGACAUUUAAACCCCAUUAUUGGAGGCAUGUGUGACUUUGUUUUGUCUAUUUUGAUUUUUGACCAAACUUUGCACCCUGCCUUCACAUACCCUCAAGUGUGACUGCAUUGUGACAUUUCCUCUGGAACCUUUGGGCUUAUGAAAUAUCAUGAAUGUGAUCACAGCAAUGAUGUCUCGUAAUAUGGCAGUCAUAUUGAAAAUUUAAAUUUUGCCCAUAGCUCAUCCAUUUCUGUAUGUAGGGUUAUUUUUAAAGUAAUUAUGUGAUAUGAGAAUAUGUUGUGUGUAGUGGUAUUUGUCUCAACUUUUGACCUUAUCUACUGUUGUGUGGUAGUCAGGAUGGACAUGUCAGUUUGUCAUAGCCAGUUAUGAGUAAGAAUUUUGUUGCUUAUCACUCUUUACCCUUGUAUAACCGGUCUUAUCUGAUAUAUUAUUCAGAAACAUUCAGGUGAGUUACAGAGCCUCGUGGCUGUAUUUAACAUAAUAAUCUAUACAUACUUUCUUUACCGCUUCCGUUUUUUUUCAUUAUGUACUCCAUGGUGCCUCUGAUUGUGAUACAAUAUACCAAAAACAGAAGUGUAAGUUGGAGCUGCUUGAAUCUGCUUAUGCAUGUGUUCACUGUACAUUUUCUGCAAUAAACUCAUAAUCAAGACAA